UUUCAAUUCACUUUUAUUACCUCCGUCAUAGAAACAAAUGUCAUUUCCAUGCUAUCUAUUACAUCUCCUUUCUAAGGAAUCGAAGGAAUGUUCUUGGUUUCAGUGUUCAACGGAGGAUUCCGCUUUCACGUAACGACUUUCAUUUGUUUCCACUUCCAUCAUUCAACAGAACCGAGUUUACUUCUUCUGGAUCCGUUUGACCGCUGAGAAAUCUACACGAUCUGAAAGAGUUGAAGUGAUUUUUACCUUCACGGGACCUUUUUGGUGACUUUAAGAAGAUCUGAGAUGGAUGUCUCAAGAAAUGCGUGGUUUAUGUUGAAGCUGUUCUUAACAGCCUUGCUGCCAAUGUUACCAAGUUUUGGGUGAGCAGGUAGCUGUUAUUUGCUAAGUGGAGAAAGCUAAAGACAACAUGAUUGCUUGAUCAGUUAUAUAGAGUUCGAUCAGGUUAGUGCUGUCUGUUUUUGCCUUAUUGUCUGAUAUCUCUUUUGCGAGAGCCUUGUUUAAUUUAAUUUGUGCAUUAGUGUAAUUUCUUACUACCUGAUUUUAUGUCUUUUACUACUAAGGUACAUAUUGAAGUUAUUGCAAGCUAGAAAUCUCAUAAAACAUGCAAUUAUAUUUCCAUUUCACUUUGCGUUGCUAUGUAGUUAUUUAAUUAUUUUCAAUAUUUCAUUAAUGUAGAGAUUAGUGUCUGUUUGCAUUUAAUAUGUUAAUGUUAGACCUGAUUCAGACCCGGUUCAGGUCAUGGCUCAACCCGUCAGAGGUUGAAGAUGAACCCCCAUUCACUACUUUAAACCAUCCCAUUACUCCAUAGUUACCGUUUCGACAACUCUCUCAAAAACAGAAAAUUCUUACCAGUUACUCCCUCCGUCUCAUAAUAAGUGUCUCAUUUGUACAAGACAGUCAAAAAUUCAAAUCUUCUUCUAUAUAGAAGUGAGACAUGAUUCAUCUCUACAAAAGAUAUUCCUUCUAUUACACCACAUUAAAAAAAUACAAACAUUAUCAAUCAUUUCUCAUUUAGGUUAGGUGGCAUGUUUUGUUGAUUAAAAAAUCCAGACUUGUUGUCCUUCCCUUAUGAUUACUUCUUUCCUGUACAAAGACGCAACUAGAGUACUUGGGACAUUCCAAGUAAGGUUCCUCUCUUAUUGUGAAAAGAAUACCUUUUUUUUUCCUCAAAAAAACGUUUGUGGUGGUGAGAUAUCUCCCUGUUAAGAUGAUGACUUGUCUCUUUUAUCUAAAACAGAGAUCAAUUUUAGCUUCAAUCUCGGGCUUUGAACAAGACACAAAAUUCAAUUAAUUUCCCUAUUAGUUCCCCGAAUAUAGAAAGCUCUGACUUUCAUUAGGGAUAUGUAGGCAUAAGAUUCACAAGGAAUCUUUGCGAGCAAACAACAAACCAACAAACAGUAAGUUUCCAAGUCUUCUUUCAAUUCUCUCUCUCAUAUCAUAAAGGAGAAACUUUCUCAGUAACCAAACAACAAACAACCCAAAGUAUAAACAUAAACAAUAAAGGGAUCCCGUAGAGUACUAGGAAUACUUAGGGUGCUAUAAUACCUUCCUUCUGUGUAACCAACCUCCUGGACCCUCUCCUAGGUGCUCCCCACACUUAAAACAAACAACGUUUAUUUAGAUUUUCGUGAAAGUGUAAGAAUCAAAAAGCGUGCGACAGAAAACUGGUCUUUAAAUGGUUGUUGAACCAUAAAAGAUGUUAAUAAUUACUUGUUGGUAGUUGGUCUAGAGGUCAUUCUCUCAAAAACCCCAAAAUUCCACAAAAGCUUCCACCUUUACCCUUUAAACCACACCAAAUUAUCAACCCUUUUCAUAUAAGCUUCUCCAAUUCUCACCCUCUACCACAUCCACCAAUUCAUUUUAACUUUCACCGUCGUUUUGUUUCUCACCAGUUUUGCAUGUACAACAUAAUGCCUCCUCCUCGAAGAGCAGUUACAGGCAAGGAUGUGGAGUCGAGGGUUUGCUUGCUAAGUUCUUAAUGCGAAAGGCUCGAUCAUUACUGAAGGAUACGAAUUACCAAGCUUUUGAAGAAGUUGUGGCUCUUUUGAUAUAUGGGUUGGUGUUAUUCCCUAAUCCCGACCAAUUCAUAGGCGUGCACGCUAUCAACAUUUUCUUAACCCGCAAUCCGGUACCUACUUUGCUGGGAGACAUUCUACAUUCUCUAUACACUCGUACCAUGAAAAAGCGAGGGACUCUUAUGUGUUGUGUACCACUACUGGCUAGAUGGUUUACAUCACACCUUCCCCGAUCGGUGUUGAAAAACGAGCAAAGGAUGCAAUGGUCUCACAGAAUUAUGUCCUUAUCUCAUUCAGAUAUCCGAUGGAACAACUUCUUUCAAGAAGACAUCACUCUUAUUGACCAUUGUGGGGAGUACCCUAAUGUGCCGGUCCUUGGCAUUAGGGGAGGCAUCACCUACAAUCCCUCUUUAGCUUUGCGCCAAUUUGGAUAUGCACGAAGAAAUGGUCCUCACGACAUGAUCAUCCACGACAUUGUGUUCAACUACGAAGAUGAUUCCCAAGGAUAUCGACAAAGGUUUAUACAUGCUUGGGACAGUGUCUACAAAGUAGAACGCAAGUCUUUAGGACAAUGGAAUUCUACUCCCAUGGAGCCUUACCUCAAAUGGGUGCGUGCUCGUGCUCAGAAGUUCAUCAUGCCAUAUCCCGCUAUCAUACCUGUGACCAUUGAGCCAGAAGUCGAAGGGGAGGAACCUCGAGUUAUUCUACAUCCCGACAUGCCGACUGACUUGGAAGAACUGCAGAAAUCUUGGGUUCAACUAAAAGAAGAAAGGGACACCUUCAAAGCACAUUGUCAGGACUAUAAAAGGAAAGUGUUGGAGCUCACCAAACAACUCCAUGGAGAACAGCAGAUCAACACGUUCCUGGGUGCAAAGAGAAAGCGUCCAUGGGAGGCUUGAAGAAUCUUUUAUUUUCUUUUAUUUGCUUUAUCUUGUAAGCCCGAAAGAGGCAAGAAAAAAAAAAGAAAAAGAGAAAAGGAAAAGAGAAAAGAAAUAAAAUGUUUGGCUAAUAAACGUUUGUUUCUCUUUUGUUUAAACGAAUCUAAAUUCUAAGAUCCUUGAAAACAUUGCAUAUGCAUCUCAUUCAUAAACAUUUCAUAACAGGUUCACAUAACAUGUUUCUCAUCUUCUCGCUGUUUAUUUCAAGUAGAAUGGAUGGAUUCCGAAGCAAGCAUCAAGAAUCUCGAGGCACAGAGCGCCCAAGUUCAGUUAGCAAUUCUGGAGCUAGCAAAAGGGCAAGAGGAACUGAAAGCCCUGAUGGCCAAGAAGAAAAAGAAGCCUAAGAGAUCUAUAGGUUUGAGCCACCUCGUGAGGAAAGUCAGAGUCCCAGCCAGGAGGUCCAAAAAGGCGCCAAUCCCUGAAGUAGUCGGUGAAGGUGAUCAAGAAGACAAUCACAGCAACCAGGGUUCUGCCAAACCCUCUCUCUCUUCUAACGAAGAAGAUUAUCAUUCCGAAGACGAACAGGGUGAUAGAAAAUACCAGCAGUUGGAAGAACGCAUGAAAGCUAUGGAGAUACAUAAAAUACCUGGUUUAGACUUCAACGAUCUUGGACUCGUCUCAGGGGUUGUUAUCCCUCCAAAGUUCAAAGUUCCUAUCUUUGCAAAGUCUGAUGAGUCUCUUGCCCAAAGCUGCAUCUAAGGUCCUAUGUGAGAAAGAUACAACCUCAUACGGCGGAUAAAAAAUUAUGGAUUCAUUUCUUCCAGGAAAGUCUGCCGGGUACACAACUCGAGUGGUACUACCAACUGGAAAGUGCAAAAGUUCACACCUGGGAAGAUUUGGCCGCUGCUUUCUACAAACAGUAUCAAUACAACGCUGACCUUGCACCAACCCGUACUCAACUACGGGGCAUGACCAUGGCACCGAAAGAAAGCUUCAAAGGGUAUGCACAAAAAUGGAGAAAUCUAGCUGGAAGGGUUCAACCUCCCUUAUCUGAUCGUGAGCUGGUCGACAUGUUCAUGGGCACUUUAACUGGCCCUUUUUACAGUCAUUUGCUGGGAAGCUCGUCGUCAGGUUUCACUGACUUGAUAUUAACUGGAGAGCGUGUCGAAAGCGGCAUUCAAAGCGGAAAAAUUCAAGUAGGCUCCUCCUCUGGUACUACAAAGAGGCCCAUCAGUGGGAGAAAUGAAGUCAAUACAGUGCACAGUCAGAAGGGUCGCAACAAAAGUGAUCAUCACCAAUCUGUAGGGGCUGUUCUGAUCUCUACGUCUGCACCUCAACAAGAUCAACCGCCAAAGUAUACGCGUCGGUCAGACGCACCAAGAAGGAACUUCACCAAAAUCAACAUGCCCAUCUCCCAAGCAUUGCAGCACUUGUUAAAAGUAAAUCUGAUUACAUUGAGGGAUCCUCCGAAGAAUGUCAACACUUCCUCUCCUAGUUAUCGCCCUGACGCAACAUGUGCAUACCAUUCCAAUAGUCCUGGACAUGAUGCAGAUCACUGUUGGGCCUUGAAAAAUAAGAUCCAAGACAUGAUAGAUGCUGGGGAAAUUGAAUUCGACCCUCCAGAGAUUCCAAAUGUCAUUACUGCUCCUAUGCCCAAGCAUGACAAAGCCAUCAAUGUUGUAGAUGAUGCUUCUCAUGUUGCUGAUGUGAUGAAUUUAACUACUUCCCUCUUAGUUAUCAAAGCAAAGCUGCUACAAUCCAGUUUAUUUCUGGGUUGUAAUGAGAAUUGUUACCAUUGUGCUUCUCAGUCCAACGGCUGUGCGAAAUUGAAGGAAGGCAUUCAGCGCCUGAUGAACAAUCAUGCAAUAAUGUUUGAAAGAAUUCCCCAUGUGAAGAACUAUUGCCAGGAUUUGUCUGUUAUUUCCACAACCCCUGUGAAAAUUCCAGCAAAUAAACCUGUCAAAAUUACUGCUGCACCUAGAGUAGCAUAUGUAAUCAUCACCAAUCCGGCUCCAUUUCCAUAUUCCUCAGACAAAGCUGUUCCGUGGAGCUAUGUCAUGAAUGUUUAUGUUUAUGGAGUUAAACAAGACACCUCGACUGAUGAGGCCGUGAAUGUUACUAAUCCAGUUGUUGAUAAUAUUGUGGGGACUAGUAAGAUUACAAGAAGUGGAAGGGUCUUUUCGCCGGACAUUUCUCCAAAUGUUACUACUACUCCAGUCUAGGUCCCAGUUCCUAAUCAAGCUGUCAAUGCUCGAGGCAAAGAGCCAUUAAUUGAACCAGUUCAAGUACCUGGUGAAGUCACUGUUGAAGAUCCUUCAAAGCAAGAAAUGGAGGAGAUUUUGAAAAUCAUCUGCAAAAGUGAUUAACAAUAUUGUUGAACAACUGGGGCACACUACUUCAAAGAUUUCCAUGCUAUCUCUGUUGAGGUAUUCAGAAGCUCAUGCCAAGGCCCUGAUGAAAUUCUUGAAAGUUGCACAUGUACCACAAGAGAUCUUAUUCGACCAAUUUGAAAAUUGUGUUGCCAGUCUAAAAGUGGAUAACGGUCUCGGUUUCUCUGAUGCUGAUUUAACCCCUGCCUUGAAAAAUCACAAUAAAGCCCUGCACAUCUCUGUUGAAUGUAAAGGCACCACUUUGUCUCAUGUGCUGGUAGACAGUGGUUCCUCGUUAAAUGUGUUACCAAAAGUAGUACUGGAGAAACUUGACUUCGAAGGAGUUGUGUUACAACCAAACGAUGUUAUGGUAAGAGCCUUCGACGGGUCAACAAGAACAGUAUACGGAGAAGUUAAGCUCCCAAUCAGAGUGGGCUCUCAGAUCUUUGAUUCUACCUUUUACGUGAUGGACAUUCAUCCAGCGUACUCCUGUUUACUAGGAUGCCCUUGGAUACAUGGGGCAAGCGCUGUAACUUAUACCCUGCAUCAGCAGUUAAAAUAUCCGAUAAAAGGCAAGGUCGUCAUGGUUUAUGGUGAAGAAGAAUAUGUGGUUACCCACCUAAGUAACUCCAAGUAUGAUGAGAUGGAUGGUGAAUUCAUCGAGACCCCCUGUCAAGCUUUUGAGGUGGUCCCUCCGGCUGUCUCUACUGCCAAACAUAUCUUUGCUGCUCCUGCUACAAGAAUAACUCCAACAAUGGCUUCUCUCAAAGAUGCUAAGGUUGUGAUCAAAAAGGGUGGUUGCACAGUGUGGGGACAACUCCCUGAUGUGCCUUACAAGUUCGAUAAGCUAGGUAUGGGUUAUGCUAAUGGAACUCAGACGAAUGAUCAACAUCCUCGUUCUGAAGGAUUAAUGUCCCAUUUCAUCAGCACAAGGAGUAAAUGCUAUCGAAGACGACAAAGUGAUCUCAAACCUUAUUACUAAGCAACAUCCAAAAGAAGUUCCACCCGUUCCCAAAGAGGUUUGGGAUACUUUGGGAGAACCGAGCGGCAAGUACGACUUUCUAGUGAAGUACACUGUUCCUCAGAGUUCUCUGAUUGCCAUUGAAGACAUUGUCCCAACUGGAUGGGAUGAUCAGUUCGAAGAUGACAAAAGUAUCACAGGUUCCGUUGCUAAGCAAUGCCAAAGUCCACCUAGUCCACCUAUUCCAAAAGAAGUCUGGGAUACGCUGGGAGAGCCAAGUGGCAAGUAUGACUUUAUGGUGAAGUAUUCCGCUCCCUUAAGCUCAAAAAUCGCCAUUGAAGACAUUGUCCCAACUGGAUGGGAUGAACAUUCCGAAGACGAUAAGAUAAUCACAAGCCCCGUCACUCCUGAAGAAAUCUGGGAUACACUGGGAGAACCAAGUGGCAAGUAUGAUUUUCUGGUGAAGUACACUGCAAAUCUCUAUCAAAGACAUCAUCCCAACUGGAUGGGACGAUCUUAUCGAGUAUCUCUCUCAGCCAACAGAGGUACCUCAGCCUGGGCUCUCAUCUCCAACAGAGCAUCUUGCUCAUUCUGAAGGAUCAAUAGCCCGUCUCGUCACCAAAGAAGUCAAUGUUGUGGAAGACGAAUAAGACAACUGCA